AUGUCUGAUACUGACAGCUCGAGCACCAAGAAAAGACAAAGAAGGACAAGUCCGAGAGAUCCCAGACAAAACGAUGUGGAUUUUAACCUUCCUGAGCUUCCGGUGACCUGUGGUAGUGCUAAGGGGACUCUGUAUAGGGAGAUAUUUAAGAAAGGCACCCAUGAGAAGAGUAUACGGAGUGAAACUGGAGAGUGGCUCACUCUCAGGAAGUUUGAAAUCAGAGGAGACCAUGAAAAAUCUAAGAACUGGAAGAAAAGCAUACAAUGCUUUGGAUGGACCCUGGGAUACUUGAUAGAGAAAGGAUCUCUACCAAACCCACCAAUGAUGAAGGAAAAGGCCAGGAGACCCGGGAUGUGUGGAAAUGACAACAGAGUACAUGAAAGAGCAACUCAGGGCUACGCUGGCAGCACUCCUUCAGUUCUUCACACAACAGAGGAAAGAGGACUUUCCAGACCUCCUGGAGCACAUGCGGAUAAACAAAAUCAAGAACAGGCUUAACUAGAAGGCAUACCACUCAGUACAACGUUUUGUGGAGAACAUGCAUCUCAUCUUUCAGAGCCACAGCAUUCUCAUAUAAACAGCAAGCUCAACAAUCUUGAAGUCACAGUAGGAAUCCAAUCUGCGAAGACUUUGAAAAGAAAUUUUUCAACCAAUGAUACAAACCAACAACCUCAACAGUAUAAGCACAC